AUCUUGAUGAGGACAGACUCGAACCGUUUUGUACCUGCCCUUGUCGUCACCUUCGUCUUCCCUUCGUCUUCCCUUCCGCACUAAGUUUGCUGCUUUCUUCUGCAACCUCUCAUUCUCUCCUCUAUAGAGAGAGAGAGAUGGCGGAUGGGGGAGGAACGAUCUCGGAGGUGUAUCAGGCGUCGAGGAGGAGGCUGCUUAGGGCGAGGGGGGACGUGGAGAGGGUGGAGAGGGCCGGCGGGGAUGUCACGUCGUCGGAGUUCGUAUCGUCUCUCCGGCGGGAGCUGGCGGAGAUCGGAUCCAUGUGCGGACAGAUGGACCGACUCUGGCGCUCCGUCGCUGCCAAGCCCCAGAGGGAUCUCUGGAAGAGGAAAGUCGAGCAGGUAGCUGAAGAAGUGGACUCUUUGAAGGAUAGUUUGGAGAAAUAUGUGCUACGACAUCAAAAGAGAAUGUUGGAAGCUAAAGAACGAGCAGAGUUGCUUGAAAGAGCUAAUGGAGACUCUGCCCAUGUUAUGCGGGUUUUUGAUGAAGAAGCUCAGGCAAUGCAGUCAGUUCGUAACUCCUCUAAUAUGAUCGAGGAAGCUUAUGCCACUGGAGUUGCCAUCCUCUCAAAAUAUGCUGAACAGCGAGACCGUUUAAAGAGAGCACAAAGGAAAGCAUUGGACAUACUGAACACUGUUGGCCUUUCAAACACUGUUCUGAAGCUCAUUGAGAAACGACACCGAACAGACAAACGGAUAGCAUAUGGAGGCAUGGUUGCAACAGUGAUUAUAGUGUUCAUGUUCUAUUGGUGGCUGAGGCACUGACAGCUAUAUAGUUUAUGCAUCAGCGAUUCUGUUGUUUCACAAGGAAAAUUCAUGCUAGCACAAGAGAAAAUUCUGUUGCAAUUAAUAUAUGUAUAUCUGUUUCUUAUCAA